UCGAAGCUUAGUAUUAUUCAGCCAGUGCUCGCGAAUGCUGUAACGGACUCUCUGUAGUCAAUUCAGUAGAUCCGCGAAACUUAUUCCGCGAUCUUCUCUCGCGUGCGUCUAGCUCCCGGUGUGUGGCGGCAACUCAAGGUCACUCUCAUUGACCGGUGUGUGAUCUACGUUUGUUUCGGUUUUUUUUUUUCGAGCAUAAAUCAUAAGAAUCGGACGUUGGUGAAUCAAGUCAGCAGCCAUGGAAGCGAUUUCGCAGGCUCUGCAGCCUCACAAAGAAUUCGUAGGAAAUUUGGCCGCUUUGGUCACAAUCCUUCAGAUGUUCAGCGGAUGUUUUGUGUGUAACGAUAUUCGCAAGAAGGGCAGCUCCGAUGGAUUCUCACCGAUGCCAUUCAUUGGCGGCUGUGGCCUGUCAGUGCUGUUCCUGCAACAUGCCCUGCUCAUGAAUGAUCCGGCCAUGAUUCAGGCCAAUGUGGUUGGUAUGGGCAUCAGCGUCAUCUACACGGUGUUUUUCUUCUUUUACACGCCUCGAGCCAGUCAGGGUGAUUUCUGGAAGGCGAUCGGAAUGUCCGGAGCCCUGACGGCAGCCCUGCUGGUCUAUGCCAAGUAUGAGGAUCCGGCCCUCGUUGAGGAUCGAUUCGGGUUGAUUGUAACGGUGCUGCUGUUGAUGCUGAUUGCGCAACCUCUGUUUGGAUUGCCGGAAAUCAUUCGAAAAAAGAGCACCGAGGGUCUCCCCUUUGCGAUGAUCCUGUCCGGUACCGUCGUCGGUUUCAUGUGGCUACUGUACGGAGUAAUUCUUAACAACACGUUUGUGAUACUCCAAAACCUGGUCGCCGUCGUGUUGAGUGCCAUCCAGCUGGCACUAUUUGUGAUAUAUCCCUCGAAGCCGGUCAAGAAGAAGGCACCUUAAUAUGUCAUCGCAGAGCAUUUUUUUUUCCUUUUAGUUAUAGUGCUUAGCACGAAUUUAUUAUGUUCAACAUAUGUAGAUAACACACCACUCGAGGCACAAGCACUGCGAUCCAAGAUCGAAAUAAAAAAAUUUGGCAACAAAGUCACUUUCAAACGUUGAACGUACCAGUAUUGAAUUUGAUAAACAAUAAAAAGUUAACUUUUUGAAUCGUUUCUA